UUCCCGUUUCCUUUGAUUUUCAUAUCUUUUAUGUUAAUCGUUAGCAUAUCAAUGAUUUUUUUUUCUUUUCUAUAUCAAAUCAAUACCACAAUUGGGAGCUCCUCUGGCAUACCAGCUCAACUGGUGCAAUGCCGACUCCUAAUUUGAGGCAUUCUAGAAUGCACAGAAAAUCGCUCAAGUGUGGCCUUUGUAAACACGACGUGAACAGGAAUCAUCCCACCUGGAAAUUGUUGAAUAAAAGGGCACUGGACACGGGGUGGUGAGCUUGGGAAUUGGCUGAUCAGAGGCUCUGAAACAAAUGCGAAAGGGCACCAGCUGGAACGCGAGUUUUACCAUUCCGGAAAAUGUGGCCUCUCUUUCUGUCAGUAUGCUGUAUUUUAACACCUCUCCACAUGAGGAGCAGACACAAUAGAAGUCGUAAAGGACAGCAAUGUCCAGGUGUCACGAGUAGCAGACCGUUUCAGACCCCAGUGUUUGUCUUUGCUUGCAGGAGGGAGGCAGAACAAAGAGUCACAGGUACUGGCCGAAACUGGGAUCGAAGCACAACUCGGCCAACUACGGCAAGUUCAAAGUGACAACCAAAUUCCGCACUGAUUCGGGCUGCUAUGCAACCAUGGGGUUAAAGGUCAAGCAUCUCCUCCUCGGACAGGAGAGGACGGUUUGGCACCUGCAGUACACCGACUGGCAGGACCAACGCAUUCCUGAAGACGUGCAGGGAUUCUUGUCGUACCUCGAGGAGAUUCAGUCAGUACGACGACACACCAACAGUAUGCUGGAACCUUCUAAAGGCAGAAACCCACCUGUGGUGGUGCACUGCAGUGCUGGCGUAGGCAGGACCGGGGUGGUCAUCCUAGCUGAACUGAUGAUUAGCUGCCUUGAGCACAACGAGAAAACGGAUGUUCCCAUGAUGCUCCAAAGCCUCCGACAGCAGCGUAUGCUGAUGGUCCAGACUGUGGCUCAGUACAAGUUUGUCUACCAGGUCCUGAUUCAGUUUCUGAAGAACUCCAGACUGAUUUAACCUUUUGGAUCCAAUACUGCGAUCCAUAAGGACCACCUGGAAUUCUGCAUGUCCAGGUCUGCGAUGGACAGCGAGGGUGUCGUCCAAGUUUUCAGGGAGGUGGGCCUCUAAGCCUCAUUUUGGUUAAAUCUUUCCAUCGUUACGUCAGCAGACCUUUGUGAUCGUGUGCCUUACAGUAGUAUGUGCAAAUAUGUGAAGUCGACUGUAACAUUUCUGUCAAUUUAAUGUAACACGCCAUAGCAUGGAAAUGACUUGUUUUCGUGUUUUAGGACACGCUGCUGGCCUUGUCUUGGUAUUUUGGCCACACGGUUUGUAUUUUCAUGUGCGUCUUCUUGUUUUUUUGAGACUUACAUUUCACAUUUAUAUUUCGUACCGCGGCUUUUUUUUUUUGUUAAAAGGUUUACAUCUUGAUAUUGACCGUAAUUCACUGCUUAUCUACUCUUGCUCUGUUGACUUGUCUGAGACGACGGCGAUGAUUUAAAAUGUCCUCACUGGCUGAAAAUCUGACAUCAAUGUGUGAUCCUCUGGUGUAAGACAAGUCUUGUGGUCAGAAGUAAGAGGAGAGAAGCAAAAUCUCGUUUCAUCCCACUGCAUGAAUUAAGUAUGCUACGCGGUAGAAUAGAGUUGACGGCCUUUGUGUUUUGAGGCCUUUUGUUAACGCAGAUAUCGUGUUGUGUUUUUAACUGUGGGACAGGAUGCUGCAAAUGAGGGACACAAGUUUGUUCAUUAAAUAGCACAGCACAUUUUCCACUUCUACAAGCAUAAUAUGGUUGCCUUACGACAGCCAAUAACGUCAAUCUUUAACUUAUCACUGCCUUCUCAAGUGCCUUAGCUUCUUUUUAUUUUUUUAAAAAACAGAGAAACUUCUUUAGCUUUAAAGAACUCUGUCAAAAGUAUAAGUGUAAAUAUUCCUGUACAGUGCCUGCCACUAAUGUGCACCGUUAUACGUGAACGCGCCAUCGCGUUUAGAAAACUUUUAGCGUGUUAUUAGUUUCUCCCCUUUUAAAAACCUCAUUUGAAGUAGCAAGAUACUAAGUGAGCCGUGGCCAGUCAGUGAAUCGUCUCAUCGCGAGCAGCGAUAUUGUCCUGACAGAACCACAGUGUUUAGACCAGGAACCAAAUGUGCCUUAUGUUCUCAUUUUUUAAGACUAUAUAUAUUUAUUUAAGUGUAUUUAAGAGCUGGCUCUUUUAAUGCUCAUUUCUGAGCAGAACUGUGUGACACCUUCGAUAGACUGUGACCUUCAUGGAUUUCCCUUCUCAUGUAACACAUCCCUCUCUGUCCAAGUAAAUGUAAAAAUAUAUCUACAAAAAGUGAA